CCCCUUCUAUAACUUACUGUAUCAUACCCCCCCCCCCCAAUAACCUCUUCAUUCCCUAUCAUUUGGUACGGGUAGCUCUUUUUGGUUUCACCCUUCUCAUUUUCCUUUUCUUGGUCCCCUUCUUUCUGUCCUUUUCUCUUCUUCUUCCUUUCCUUUCCCUUUCCUUUCCUUGUCACUUUGUUUUUUCUUGAGCAUAACAACGUUGGAACUUUUUCUAUCACUCUAGCCAUUAUCCUUUAUUAAGAACUCCCAAAUCCUUUCUUCUUCUCCAAGAAACUCUACCACCCAGCAUGGCCACCAUCACCACCACCACUGCAACCUCCAUGUCCGUCGCAAUCCCGACCUCCCGCCCCCACCGCGGCGGCAAAGCAACGGUGUCGGACAACAACGCGUUCACGCUCCCUGAGCCCUACUCCCACUUUCCCACGCCGCCGAACUCCAUUUCACCGUCCCUGCCACCGGUGCCGAAUCCCGUGACUGCAUCCGCGGACUCGGACAUUGACGUUCCCGACAUUAUUACCACGACUAGCACCACUCCUGUUCACCACCAGCUCAAGGCAGCACCUGGAACCUCGUUGCUUGCUGAAACAACGGGAGCAAUCACUUCGUCUCUUCUAGCAAAAUACCACCUCCCGGAGAUCCUGCUCAAGCACGGCCCACUGGCCAUCCGGCACUUAACAGCACAUCUGAUCUCCGCGAUACCGGGUUUCUCUAGUAUUCCGCCGGCAAAGCAGCGACGACUGGUGGUUGGUGCAUUGGAAGGGCGUGGUGGAGUGAGCGGGAGCGAGGGCGAGGCCGGCGGUGUCAAUGGUGACGUCGUGUUUGACAAAGUAGGCUGGGGACGCUGGGAUGCGCGCGUAAAGUCCGAUCCACCGAGGUCUCAUCGGGGGAUAUCACCAGCAACUUCUGAUCACUCCAGCUUCGUGAAGACGAAGGCCGGAAUUGUGGGCAGGAGUUACACUGGCGAGUCGGGCAUUUUCGUGCAAUCGGAGGAGGAGGGGGAUGAGUCUAUGGAUUCAGAGGGUGUGGAGGGAGAAGAGGAGGAGGAGGACGGGGUUGAUAGAAUGUCAUUGGAUGAAUCCUCGUCUUCUGAAGACGAGGAGGACGAGGACGAUGGAGACGUCACGGAUGAGGAAGACUGGGCUCAAAUGGGCGCGGCCAUGCUCAGGAAUCAAGUUGGGUCGCCGAUUUCUCCCACUGGUGGCGGGUUCGAUAACCUUUCAACGGCAUGGGGAGCUUCGGUCAGGGCUAGGGAGGAACGGGAGGCUGUAGAAGCUCUUGUUAAACUCAGUUCUGUCUGACUCGUUUUGGUUCGACGUAGUUUGUUUCCUUUCCUUUGUUUCCUCCCUUUCUUUUCCUUUUUUAUACUAUCUAUUCGGCGUACGGGUUUCUGUUCUGUUCGGAGAAAUUAAAUACACGGCUGUGGGGAUUGGGUAUUUUUAUUAUUUCCUCUUUUUGGCGGGAGGGGAACUGUUUUGGGCGUUUUUCUUAUAUCUCUCCUCUCCUCAUCAUCAUUCUCAUCAUCUGCAUAAACGUUUAACUACCCUUUCCCUUCUUCCACCGUUUUUGGUUGGUCUCUGUUUAAUCAUUGUCGCAUUACA